AUGGCUGAUCUUCAGGCCGAAAUUGAAUUAACGGUUGAAUUAAGAAAAUUCAUUAACAUCGAUUUAUUUGUACAAGGAUAUUAUCAAAUUCGAACUGGUGUGAAAUUUUCACCCCGAGUUCAAUCGGCCACUAAAAUCGAAGUAAAAUCUGAACUUUCUCCUGUGAUUGAUGAUUCAAAUGAUUCAAUAUAUCCGGCGUGUGUAUUCAAUGACUGGGGUGUGAGCAAAACAUUUUUAAUUAUCUUUAAAAAUGAAGAAGUGCAAUUGGACGAUCAAUUUAAUUUUAAACUUUCAGUUAUUAUUGAUGCUCAAAAUAUUGUUGAAUGUUUUAAUCGAUUGGAUAUGCAACUGUUUCUUGAACUUUAUUUUUUAGAAAGAGAUUAUACGGCGGAAAAAAUGCCAACUAUGCAACAAUUAUGUAGUCGAUGUUUUAAACUUCAUUUUGAUCCUCGAUUUGGCAUACAUACUCAUGUACCAAUACUUUUCGAUUAUUUUCAUUUAUCAGCACUAACAACUACUGUUCAUAGUUCCCUUCUUUGUCUUAUUCCACCUUAUGUUUUUGAUCGACCAGAUGUACGUCGAACUUCAUUGUUUAGUUUCUUAUUUGGUCAAGAUCUUUCACAAAUUACAACCGAUCAAAUCAAUCCUGCUCUUUUAGAACGAGCAUACAAUCUGCAUAAUCGUAUUUGUGAAAUACUUUUAUCAUCGUAUCAAUCUUUACAAGAUUUUUAUGAAGCAAUGCUUGAGCAUCUACCUGAUAGUGAAGAAAAACCAAUACAUGUUCAUCAAAAGUGCGAACAAAAAUUACGAAGUCUUUCCGAAAAACUACAGAAUAUUGACGAUAUUCAUACAAUAGAUAAUCUGGCUCAUGCACAUAUAGCACAAUGUUCAGCAGAAAAUAUAAUGGUUUGGUGUCAAUUUAUUCAAACAUUUGGUUUAAGUGAAUCAUCAGCAAUUGUUCUUGGAAAAGAAUAUCAUUUAAAACGUGUAAGACGAUUGUCUGAAGGCUUUUUCCAACGUGAAAUGUCACGAGUGAAUUUAUUAACAAAUGAGAGCUAUUCCUAUAAUGAAUUGCAUGAACUUGUUCGAAAUUCUUCUUACUAUUCAUGUUUACUACCAUUAACGAUUGAAUGUGUAGAAUUAGAUGGAGUACCUGAUACGCUACCAAUAAUUAUUGAAGAAAUUUAUUUGUCUGAUGAGCAAAAACCAUCAAAAAUGUUACCAUCGUCAGUGAAAAUGAAAACGCCUAGUGCAUGUAACGAUAAUCCAUUUCUACAAGCCGUUCAAAAUUUUAGUAAAUUUCGUCCUAACCUUGGCCUGUGUCUCAGUGGCAGUAUGGAUGAAACAGUAUUAAGUUCACUUUCCAAGCCGCCUGCAACUCCACCAUUAAAAUCUCAAAAGCAAUCAUCUAAACCAGCAACAAAUGAUUCGAAUUCAAUUUUAACACCUAAACUUCGUCAAUCCGGAAAGAAUUUACUACCAUUCCGUACUCAAACACCGACAAAUAUCAAUCGAAUAAUUGCAUUUUCAAAUGAUCCAUCAAUUCAAUUAACUUCUUAUCGUAAAUUUGAUCAUGAUACUACACCAACAACAACAUCGUCAUCGUCAACAACUACAGCAAACACAGCACUUGAAAAUGAUGUUAAUUCAUCAUCGAGUCUAUUUCCUUAUCAAUCAGAUUCAGAUAUAACAAAUAGUUCACAUUCACUACGUUUACAGAAACAUGCAAGUCGUUACUCAUUACCUGAUGUGCCAUUUCAACGACGUAAUAGUAUAACAACAACAAAAACUGAUCUAGUUGUUGUUCCUCAAUUUUUAUCGGCAACAACUGAUAAAACUGAUGAUGUUUUCAUAAAUGAACAAGAAAAAGUUGUUGCUGCAUCAACAUUUGGUGAUUCAAGUAUGAAAUCAAAAGUUUUACAAGCAUCAUUUCGUGGUAAAACCAAUACAAUGGAUCGACGUACAGCUGCAACGACUACUACACCAUUUCGUUCACAAUCAACUUCAACAACGAAUAAUAAACGAAACUUCAAUAUACAUCCAAAAUAUUUUACUACGAAAGCAAGCGAUAUCAGUACUGAUAAAACAACGAACGGCCCAGUAAAUUGCUCAUUAGAUUCAGUUCUUAAUCUUACUUUACAAUUAGAACAAACAGCUACGGCUGAUUAUCAACGAAGACAUACUAUUUCAACUCACGAAAUUGAUCCAUUGCUAUUGAAUGGUUUAACAGACGAUGAAAAUCAAUUACAUCUCAUCGAAAAGAUGAAUGGACAUUAUCCGGCAACGAUUAUUGAUGAAAAUCAUAGUAUUAAAGAUGCAGUUUCAUCUGAAUUAGAUCGAAUAGAAACAAAUUCUGUAAUGAAUAAUCAAGAGACUGAAUCUGUAAUGUAUAAAGAAAAAAUAAAGCAAAUAAUAUCAUCAAAGUAUUCAUCAAGUUUAAUGUUUUAUUCUGAUUUUUCAAUUCUUGUAUCAACUAUUCCUUAUUUUUAUCAACAACUUCAACCAUUUGACAAUAAUGGUGUACAUCUUGUUGUAUGUGUACAUGGUUUAGAUGGAAAUUCAGGGGAUUUACGUUUAAUUAAAACAUAUCUUGAAUUAUGUUUACCAACAUGUCGAUUGGAUUUUCUAAUGUCAUCAGCGAAUCAUUCAUCAACAUUUGAUGAUAUUGAUAUUAUGGUUACACAACUAAUCGAUGAAAUUGAGGCGCACAUUGAACGUUAUGGACUUAAACCACAGCGAAUUAGUUUUGUUGGUCACUCAUUAGGAAAUCUUGUUGUACGCGCUACUGUUAGUCAUCCGCGUUUUGAACGAUUUAGAACACUGCUUUAUACAUAUCUUUCCUUAUCCGGACCUCAUCUAGGCACAUUAUUUAAUUCAAGUGGUUUAGUUAAUAUGGGAAUGUGGUUAAUGCAAAAAUGGAAAAAAUCAUGUAGUUUAUCUCAAAUGUCAUUUAAAGAUCAUGUUGAUCCAAAACAAACAUAUUUAUAUAAACUUAGUAAAAAACCUUGUUUAGAAUAUUUUAAAAAUAUUUUAUUAAUUGCUUCACCUCAAGACCGUUAUGUUCCAUUUCAUUCGGCUCGAAUUGAAUUAUGCAAAGCAGCAUUAAAAGAUACGGUUUAUGGUUCAACCUAUGUUGAAAUGAUAAAUAAUUUACUUGAACCAAUACUUCGUAAUCCAUCGAUAACUUUUGUUCGAUAUAACGCAUUUCAUAAUAUUCCUUCCGGUACAAACAAUUUUAUUGGUCGUGCAGCACACAUAGCUAUAUUAGAUUCAGAAUUAUUUGUGGAAAAAUUUAUCCUAGUUAGUGCUGCAAAAUAUUUUAAAUGA